UGUCACUCAGGCUCAAGGGAGUUUAAAUAACUGUGUACCUGUCUGUCCCAAACAAACGCUUCUCAUCACAUCACUUCUUAAUGUGACAAACAGCAGCAAAAUGAGGAAAUAUUGGAGCAGUUUCACAGACGUAAUAUUUACAAACCCCGCGGCCACUGACACGGUUAAGGAUGACCAUGAGAAGCAGCAGCAGGACUCCCAUGUGGGCAGCAAUGAUGAGAAUAUUGACAGAGGGAACUGGACCAAUAAGAGGGAGUACAUGUUGUCUAUGAUUGGCUAUGCUGUGGGUCUGGGGAAUGUAUGGAGGUUCCCCUACCUGGCCUAUAAGAAUGGAGGAGGUGCUUUCCUCAUCCCGUAUGUCAUCAUGCUGGCUGUUGCUGGUAUACCUCUGUUCUUCCUGGAGAGUUCCUUUGGCCAGUUCUGCAGCCAAGGCCCUGUCAAUGUGUGGCGGGCUCUGCCCAUAUUUCAGGGUGUGGGUGUAGCUAUGGUUUUGGUCAGUACGUUAGUAGGCAUCUACUACAACGUCAUCAUUGCCUACAGUCUCUACUACAUGUUUGCCUCAUUCCAGUCCCCUCUGCCAUGGAGUGACUGUUUCUACUGGUCCAACAGCAACUGUAGCCUCACACCUAGAGAAGUGUGCAACAAUACCCUAGCUGCCAACUGGAGUGAACCAGUAAUUGUAGCCAACAUGACGCUGUGGGAGAAUGAGACUUGCCCAAAGGAAAACAUCAUCAUCAGCAUCCCAGUACAGAGCCCCAGCGAACAGUAUUGGGACCUGGUGGCCUUACAAAGGUCUAGUGGUCUGGAUGAGACCGGUCCGGUGGUCUGGCAUCUGGCUCUCUGUCUGCUACUGGGAUGGCUGCUCAUUGCUGCUGCCCUUUACAAAGGCAUCAAAUCCUCAGGAAAAGUGGUGUAUUUCACCGCUACGUUUCCCUAUGUGGUGUUGCUGAUUCUUCUGAUCCGGGGAGUUACACUAGAGGGCGCCAGAGACGGGAUCGAGUUCUACAUUGGCUCCCAGUCCAACCUCACAAAACUGGGCGAGGCAGAGGUGUGGAGAGAUGCAGCCACACAGAUCUUCUAUUCUCUGUCAGUAGCGUGGGGUGGUGUCACGGCCCUGUCUUCAUAUAACAAGUUCCACAACAAUGUGUUCAAGGACGCACUGACCGUCUGCCUCACCAACUGUGGUACCAGUGUGUUUGCAGGCUUCGCCAUCUUCUCCAUCUUAGGUCACAUGGCUCAUGUCUAUGGAAAGCCUGUAUCCGAGGUGGCCCAGGCAGGUUUUGGCCUAGCAUUUAUUGCGUACCCUGAUGCCCUGUCCAAGCUGCCAAUUUCUCCUCUUUGGUCCAUCCUCUUCUUCUUCAUGCUGCUCACCCUUGGACUGGACUCGCAGUUCGCUGGCAUAGAGGUCAUCUCCACCUGCCUACAGGAUGCCUUCCCUGAUAGGUUCAAAUCAAAACGCUCUAUCAUCUCUGUGGGAACCUGUGCCAUCCUUUUCCUGCUCGGCCUGCCGUGCAUAACCCAGGCAGGGAUAUAUUGGGUGACUCUGAUGGAUCAGUUCUGUGCUGGCUUUGUUCUACUGAUCGCUGCUCUGCUGGAGCUUGUUGGGGUGUUCUACUUCUACGGUGGAAACCGUUUCAUUAAGGACAUAGAGAUGAUGAUUGGGACGAGGAGCUCUCUCUUCUGGCUGUGGUGGAGAGCAUGCUGGUUUUUCAUCACUCCUGCUGUCAUCACUGUGAUCUUGGUGUGGUCGUUGUUGACUUUCCGUCCGCCAUCCUACGGUAUGGUGCAGUACCCUGCGUGGGGUGUGGCUCUGGGAUGGUGUAUGAUCGCUUUCUGUCUCAUCUGGAUACCCCUCGUCGCCAUCUGGAAAAUACUCUGUGCCCAAGGAAACCCGUGGCAGCGUAUGUGUGCUGUGUGUUCUCCUGUGGAGGGUUGGGGUCCAUACCUGGAGGUCCACCGUGGCGGGCGUUAUACAGACGGACAACGGUACUAUAGGAAGAACUCUCUCCACCUGCCAGACAACAAUGUUUACCACAUCUCCAACCACCUCACACGCCUCUAACCCCCUGGGGUGUGUGUGUGGUGUCAACAUUUGGUAUCACCACUUUUCCUAAGAUUUUUACAAGUGUUGUAUACUUUUUUUUACCACUAUCUGAUCACAAUGAUUCAUGCUUGUUUCACUUUGCACUGUGGUGUGGUCAGCUUUUAAAAUUUUAAUUCAUAACAUCACAUAUUUUAACAGUUUUUUUUUUUGUGUACAUGUUUUCUACGUGUUAAAUGUCAAUGCCUUAACUUAAACUGUCAUGUUAAUGACCACUUAGCCUGGUAACGUUUGACCGUAAUAAAGGACUACUCUCUCUGCUAUUCGCUGUUUGUUAAAUGGAUUCUAUUAAAACUAAACUGACAGAGGGUGUUUGAGCAAAGUUGGCCAUCAUUGGAAAAAAUAAUUUGUUCUUUACUUCUCUAGUUGAAUACUUAAACUUUUUAUUUUAUUUUUUAAGAGUUGCUAAUAUUGAUCACUUACUGAGUAGUUAUGUGGGAUGCAAGGUGAUUUGUAGAUCAGUGAUUCUGCACAGUUCAAGUGCAAUGUAGUUGACCACAAAGGAAGUAAAGUGACAUACAGCAGGAUGCAUUCAUAUUUUGGGAGUUUAUUAGAGUGGGUUAGACAUUACAUGGUGCAGAUGUUAGAAUGGGCCAUGACAACUGGC